AUGUCAAGCAACGAAGAAUCUAUGGAGGAUUCGAAUGGGGAUUCAUUUGGGACGGUUAAGCAAAGGCUCAAAGAUAGAUCAGAGAAAGUGGCACAGACAAAGGAGAAAACAAAGCAAAUUUUGUCCAAACAAGCCGAUAAGAUCGCUAAGCAAGCCGAGGAACAUGAAAGAUUCAUUAACAAGGUGACUCAUUUUAUGGGCGUUCUGGGGUUUGGGACAUUUUGCUUUCUUUUAGGUGCAAGGCCACAAGAUAUACCAUAUGUUUAUUGUUUGUUCUUCUUCACCUUCGUUCCUCUUCGAUGGAUUUAUUACCGGUAUAAGAAAUGGCACUAUUAUCUUUUGGAUUUUUGUUACUAUGCCAACACGAUCUUCUUGGUUCAACUUCUGUUCUAUCCGAGAAAUGAAAAACUUUUCAUGGUUUGCUUCUCAUUCGCAGAGGGACCACUGGCAUGGGCGUUGAUUGUUUGGCGUUGUAGCUUAGUUUUUAGUUCUGUUGACAAACUUGUAAGCGUCCUCAUACAUCUUUUACCUGGGUUGGUUUUUUUUACAAUUCGAUGGUGGGAUCCAACAUUCUUUGCAGCCAUGCAUCCAGAAGGAACUGCUCAGAGAGUGUCAUGGCCUUAUGUAGAAAGCAAAUCUUAUCUGUGGACAUGGCUAUUUCUAGUUCCUUUAAUUGCUUACAGCCUUUGGCAGGUUCUCUAUUUUCUCAUUGUAAAUGUCCUUCGUCGACAGAGGCUGUUAAGAGAUCCCGAAGUCAUGACAUCUUACAGGGAACUCUCAAAGAAAGCACAAAAGGCAAACAAUGUAUGGUGGCGUUUAAGUGGUUUGCUUGGGGAGCAGAAUAGGAUGUUUAUGUAUAUUCUUCUCCAAGCCAUCUUCUCUGUGGCAACCAUGGCACUCACGGUCCCCAUAUUUUUGUCGUACAAAUUACAUCUUAUUUUCCAAAUACUCAAGGUUUCUGCAGCCAUAUGGAAUGGAGGAAGCUUUUUACUGGAAGUGAUGCCUAGGCAAGUGGUUCUCAAGGAGAAGAAAAAAACAGAAAUGCAGCAGCCUAUAGUCAGUACUCAGGAAGAUCAGUCAGUUGGGCCGGAAAAUGCAAUGGGAACAUAG